CGCACGGUCAUCGUCGUCUCCGUCCUCCUCGUCGCUUCGCUCGACUUACUCAUCGUUUCUCCUGUUUUCACCCCCCUCCGUGCGCGUUGGCCAGCUCGCUCUGUGCAUUCUCGAGCGAUGUUACGGCUGGUCUCGGCGUCCAAGCCCGCGUCUGCGGCUCUCCUAAUCAAAGUCGCUCCCUCUACGUCGCUUGCAGGACGGAGGACAUUUGCUUCAACUUCGGCGCGCCAAGCCGAUAUUACCCUGACUGUGGAUGGAAAGGAGGUUACCGUCCCGCAGGGUUCGGCCUUGAUCCAAGCCUGCGAGGCUGCUGGUUCUACAGUACCACGAUUCUGUUACCAUGACAGGCUAGCGAUUGCGGGUAAUUGCCGAAUGUGCUUGGUGGAGGUUGAGCGUUCGCCAAAACCUGUUGCAUCAUGCGCAAUGCCCGCGAUGCCUGGGGCGAAAGUAUGGACAAAUUCACCGCUCGUCCAUGAGGCCCGCGAGGGUGUCAUGGAGUUCUUGCUCGCCAACCACCCCCUCGACUGCCCCAUUUGCGAUCAGGGUGGCGAGUGUGAUCUCCAGGACCAGUCAAUGCGGUAUGGCGCGGACCGCACGCGGUUCCACGAAAUCACUGGCAAGCGCGCUGUAGAAGACAAGGACCUUGGCCCUCUCGUGAAGACGUCGAUGAACCGGUGCAUUCAGUGCACUCGGUGCGUCCGGUUCGCCAAUGAGGUUGCUGGUGUCGAGGAGCUCGGAACAACGGGACGCGGUAAUGACAUGCAGAUCGGUAUGUACGUGGAGAAGACGAUGAACUCGGAGCUCUCGGGCAAUGUCGUCGACUUGUGCCCCGUCGGCGCGCUCACGAGCAAGCCGUACGCGUUCCACGCACGUCCCUGGGAACUCAAGCACACGGAUUCGGUCGACGUCAUGGACGCUGUGGGUUCGAACAUCCGCGUAGACUCCCGCGGUGUCUCUGUGAUGCGAGUGCAGCCUCGGCCAAACGACGAUGUGAACGAGGAAUGGAUCAGCGACAAGACCCGGUAUGCGUAUGAUGGUCUUCGGUUCCAACGCCUCACAGUGCCGCUCAUCAAGCAGGGCGACCGCUUCGUCUCAGCCUCGUGGGAGGAUGCGUUGGCUGCGAUCGCAGACGGGCUCCGUGCGUCCGGCGCCCAGGGCGAUGAGAUCCAGGCUGUGGCGGGUCACUUGGCCGACACGGAGUCGAUGGUCGCGCUCAAGGACCUCAUCAACCGGCUCGGGUCGGACAACCUGACGCUCGAUAGCGUCGGUGGGCACGCUGCACCGGUGCACGCAGUGGACGUGCGCUCGAACUACCUGUUCAACGCGACGCUCCCGGGCGUCGAGCAGGCGGACUGCAUUCUCCUCGUCGGCACGAACCCUCGGCACGAGGCGGCGGUGCUCAACUCGCGCAUUCGGAAGAGCUGGAUGCACACGACGCUGGAGGUGGGCCUGAUCGGUGAGCGCGUGGACACAACGUACGGUUACGACUACCUGGGUGCGGAUGCGAAGGCGGUGGCCGACUUCGUGGCGGGCAAGAGCGAAUUUGCGAAGAAGUUCAAGAGCGCGAAGAAGCCGCUGAUCAUCGUCGGGAGUGCGGUCACGGAGCACGCGGACGGUGCUGCGGUGUACAACGCGCUCGCGAAGUACGUUGAGCAGAACAAGAGCCAGCUCGUCACGCCUGAGUGGAAUGGAUUCGCUGUCUUGCAGAGGGUUGCAUCUCGUCCUGCAGCGUACGAGAUGGGCUUCGUUCCCUCACGCAAGGCGUCCCAGACCAAGCCCAAGUUCAUCUACCUGCUCAACGCUGACGAGGCCGACCCGAAGUCGAUCCCGCGCGAUGCGUUCGUGGUCUACCAGGGCCACCACGGCGACCUUGGUGCCCAGCUCGCGGAUGUCUGCCUGCCCGGCGCUGCGUAUACUGAGAAGGGCAUGACGUGGGUGAACACUGAGGGCCGAGCACAGAUGGGCCGUGCGGCUGUACCUCCCCCGGGUGCGUCGCGCGAGGACUGGAAGAUUAUCCGUGCGCUCUCUGAGCUCGUGGACGCUCCCCUGCCCUAUGAUGACGUGCUGAGCCUGCGGGAUCGCAUGUGGGAGAUCUCGCCAACUCUGGUCCGCUAUGACACCCUUGAAUCUACCUCUGUCGAGGCUGCCCUCGCAGGGUUGAAGACCCUUGCUGCUGGAACUGCGAACGCGAAGGUCUCGGGUGCACCCUUCGUGAAGCCGAUCAGCAACUUCUAUCAGACGGACCCUAUCUCUCGAGCAUCCGUAACCAUGGCGCAUUGUACUCGUGCAUUCGUGAAGGGAGAAAACUACGGCUUCAGUGAACUGUCGAGUAAACCAGAAGCAGCUUAUGCGUAGAUGGGUUGUAAUGCUGGGAUUCCUAAAUUGAUUUAACGCUUUCAAAAUGA